UGUGUUACUUGCUGAAGAGCAACAUCAGCCCAGACCUGUGCAAUGAAGAUGGAUUAACUGCACUGCAUCAGUGCUGCAUAGACAACUAUGAAGAGAUAGUCAAGCUUCUCCUCAACCAUGGGGCCAAUGUCAAUGCAAAGGACAACGAGCUGUGGACUCCGUUGCAUGCAGCAGCUACAUGUGGUCAUAUCAAUCUGGUGAAGAUCCUCAUCCAGCAUGGAGCAGACUUGUUGGCAGUAAAUGCAGAUGGCAACAUGCCGUAUGACCUCUGUGAAGAUGAGCCAACUCUGGACGUCAUUGAGACUUGCAUGGCUUAUCAAGGAAUUACACAGGAAAGGAUCAAUGAGAUGCGGGCUGCUCCAGAGCAGGUCAUGAUCUGUGACAUUCAUGACAUACUUGCAACUGGACAAGACCUGAACAGGACUGAUGCCCAAGGUGCUACACUGCUGCAUAUAGCUGCAGCCAAUGGUUAUCUGCAUGCAGCUGAAGUCCUUCUUGACCAGGGGGCAAGCCUGGAUAUUAAGGACUGGGACGGCUGGGAACCUCUUCAUGCUGCUGCUUUCUGGGGACAGAUGCAGAUGGCUGAGCUGCUUGUGUCGCAUGGGGCUAGUUUGAGUGCCAGGACAUCUUUGGAUGAGAUGCCAAUCGAUCUGUGUGAAGAGGAGGAAUUCAAAGUAUUACUUCUGGAGUUGAAACACAAACACGAUGUGAUCAUGAAGUCUCAGUUGAGGCAUAAAUCCUCCCUGAGUCGAAGGACCUCCAGCACUGGCAGCCGGGGAAAGGUGGUGAGGAGGGCCAGCCUUUCGGACCGAACAAACCUCUACAGGAAGGAGUGUGAGAAAGAAGCCAUCGUCUGGCAGCAACUGGGGGCGGCAGAAGAAGGAAGAAACUCGGGUCUCAUCGGAGAAAUUGGGGAGACUCGUUCUGACCAGGAGAAUACAGACCCCAAUUCAGUGCUGGAGAACUCUUCCCUCCUUCCGGAGUUAGCAAACAAAAGCACCCAGUGUGACUCUGAAAUCCCCCUCCAGAAUGGACUCAUGGCAUCUGCCAGCACUUACCAGUACACUUUUUCCAACGGGGACAUUUGGAGUAUGCACGCUGACCCUGACAGUAAUCCAGGCCACAUGCUGCCCUACGGCAACCCCGGGCUCCCUGACACGCAGGAGUUCUGGGGUGCCUACAAGGAGCAUAACCAUCAAACGCUCUCCGAACUUAAGCGGCAGCGGGCUGCAGCCAAACUCCUCAAUCACCCUUUCCUCAGCACCCACUUCAGCAGUGGCAUGGGAGGAGUUGCCGAGAACGGGGGUGAGGCCAAGUCACACCUAAUGGGAUCCAGGACUUCUCCCUACAGCUCCAAUGGGACCUCAGUGUAUUACACAGUGUCCAGUGGUGAUCCACCCCUCUUGAAAUUCAAAGCUCCCAUGGAGGAAAUGGAAGAGAAGGUGCAUGGGUGCUGCAGAAUUUCCUAGCCUCAGCUGUUUCUCACCCCAGAGGAAACAAGACACGGGUGGGCUGGUUGGAUCCAUCGCAGUGGCCAGGUGGUUUGCAUUCCAAAGGGAGAAUUUGGUUAUGGACAUCCUGAUUGCGGCAGCCUCGUUCAUCUUGGAUUGUACUUUACUCUGCCAAUUACUUCCAUUGCAGUUGAAUGAGUAAUGCAGGUGGAGCAAGGCUUUUAGGAGAGGAAGAGAUGUGCAUCAGUAUGAUGUAAAAAGAGUCACCCUAGUCUUGCUCCUUGGGGAAGAAGGUAUAGUGCAUUGCCUCCCCGUGCUUGGGAAGUCAUGAGAUGCCUUGGAACGAAGAAAGGAUCUGAAUGAAAAUCGUUGCAUCUGAGCCUCUUACCCUAAGUCACCAAGCUUCUGGAAGGUGACAGUUCAGACCUGAAUUUUCACUCAUGGGUGAUGCAUAUAUCCUGGAAGG